UCCCCUGCGGCGGCGAGAGUGGAAGCAGUUGGACCUUAGGGCGGCGCCGGGUGGCCAUGGCCUUUACCCUGUACUCGCUGCUGCAGGCAGCCCUGCUCUGCGUCAAUGCCAUUGCCGUGUUGCACGAGGAGCGCUUCCUCAAGAACAUUGGCUGGGGAACAGACCAGGGAAUUGGCGGAUUCGGAGAGGAGCCAGGAAUUAAAUCACAGCUAAUGAACCUUAUUCGAUCUGUAAGGACCGUGAUGAGAGUGCCAUUGAUAAUAGUAAACUCAAUUGUAAUUGUAUUACUUUUAUUAUUUGGAUGAAGACCAGUGGGGGAAAUGGAGACUCAGAAGAAGAGAUGCCAGCAAAAGUUAUUACUUCGGUCAUGAUUGGAAAAUAGAUACCUUAGCUAGCCAGCCUUGCACUUGACAAAAAUGUAACGCUGACAAUAAAACAAGAGUUCUUAUUUAUCUGAUUUUUUUUAAUGUUGCACUUGUAGUUUCAUUAUAAAAAGAUCAGAUUAAUACAACAAAGACAGUAACUACCCAGGAUUGAAAUAUAUGUUAUAGCUUGUUAAUAGUAGUCCAUGCUGUGGUAAAGAUUGUUAAAGGGUACAAGACUGUCACAUCUAUGUUUGUAGAGAUUUCUAUCUCUCAUUACUCAGGGAUGAAUUUUUUUUCAAAUUUUUAAAGUUGCUUAUGACUUAGCUAUGUUGUGAGAGCAAUUACCCACUGAGAUACAAUUUAAAGGAGUUUUUAAAAGUAAUUAUUAGAUAUAAAAUGAUAAAUAAGUAAUUUGGAUGAGUUUAUUUUGAACUUUUUGGUUAAAUAUUUUGACUAUAGCCUCAGCUAUGAAAAAUUCCAAUUUAUAGUAACUAUUAGGGAGAAAUACUCCCUGAUUUCAGGGAGAAUUCUAACUUUGUAAGUCAGUGAGUCACGUGAUUUGAUGAUUGUGUUUUUGUUUUAAGUACUUUUCAUGAAUUUAUUUUAUUAAUUUUCCUGAAUGAUGAGAUUAGACCAGUAUCUAUGUAUUUCACUGGUAGAAAAACCUGUGUAGAAAAGUCUUUGCCCUUUUACAAUGGUGACUUAUUUUUUAAAGUCAGCAUAAGUGUCAGCCUGCAAGAGCAAUCCUAAAUAAUCACAAUUAAACUUUGCUAUAUAAGAAGAUAAUAUUUAUUGUGAAGCAUUGACUUCCAAAAAAAUUAUCUCAUGUUUCCGUUUCUUGGUGGAGUAACAUAUUAAGGUGUGAUUCUUAAUUUUUUAAUCUAUAUGACAAAAGAGCAUUUAUGCUGGAUAAGUUGUGUUUUGUUGUUUUGUUUUGUUUUUAUGUCUUAGACCAUCUUGUGAGGUUAUUUGCUCUUUCCGUAACACAGUUUUAUGAAAAAAGUUAAAACUAUGUAAAUAGUUUUUGUGGAAAUCAUCAGUUAUAGUAUUUUAGAGGGGUGGAAUGACAUCUUUGUUUAUAGAACAUUUAUAAAUAAAGUUGAAUUUCCAAGUCAAGCAUUUGUCUUUAUACCUUAGUAUAUACCUGUCAGUGUUAACUGAAUUAACCUCCCUUAUAUAACACAUGUAUGUUCUUUGCUGUAAAAUCUCUGAGCACAUAUUUAAUGAAGUAUUUAGAAUCCCUUUUUUUUUCUUUUUUUAAAUGAAUUAACUGAAUUGCUGCCAUACAUCAGGAAGACUCAUGAGGAACUUUUUAUUCCAUGGCUUAAGUUACUUUUAAAACUUUGGAGCAGGUACUGAAUGCCUGUUGGCCAUGCUUGAGCCAGAGACUGAUGAUCCCUGGGCCAUGCAGUUGAACCAAGGAAAUGUACCAGGGAUUCUUACUGGAUUACCUGGCUCAUGUGAGUAACUAAUAUAUUUAGCACCUAGAGGCAGUGUUGUUUUGGCCUGAUGAAAAGCUAAUGCAUGAAUCCAAGUUUAAGCCACCAGAUAGAUUCCAAAGAAGUUAAUUGAGGGUACUCCCAGCUGCAUACAAUGAAAAAAAAAGAGAGAGUGACUUUGGUCUAAUGCCAUUUUCAUGUAAAAGGGACACACCAUGUGUUAUUUAGCGUUGGGACAGUGCCACACUCCACUGGGGAGCAGUCGCAGCAGAGUUUUCCAAAGCAAAGUGGUUUUGAGGAAAGUGAAGCACUGAACAUCUCUGGAUGCCACUUACACAAUUCCAGUUGUAGUGUGCCUGAAGGAGGUCUAUAGGCUUUCCUACUUUAGCCCUGGUUUCCUGGGGCAGUUCUGAUUCAGAGGAGCUUAUUUUAGUAGACAACAAUUAAAGUGUCUGCCCACCUGUCUAGUCCUCCCCCUUAUCAGUUCUCAGGAUUAACAAUGUGUGUUCAUUCUGGAUUCCAAAUAUCCAUGAUGUUUCUGGUCCUUAAGUAUUCUGACCCUGCGUCUGUGUGCCUUUGAGCUGUUGUGAUGGGGCUUGGCUCCAGUGCAUAGGUAUUAACCAAAUUCUUACCCUUAAUCAAGUACACUGGUUUUCAAACUUUGGUUGUUAGCAGCAGAAGCAGAUAAUCAAUGGAAUCUAACACAGAAUGUAAUACUACCAAUAUCUAAAACGAUGAGAGCAGCUCCAUUUAUUUAUUUUUACUUCAGGAAGAUGUGGGGCCCAAAGGCCGACUGCUGAAACUUCACCUCAUUCUCAUCAGGCUUCCUGAGAUGCUGCCACAAAAUGGAAUGUUUCAAAAAUAUGGUUAAAAAUUAUCUUUAAAAAAUAUGUAUAUAUUUCAACUAGGCGUCUAAAUAGCUGAUUUCCAAGUGGCUUUUUUUUCAGUGAUAACAAUGUUAACUUCUUCAAAAGAAAUUGUACAUGACUAUUUUCCUGUUUUUGCUUUUUAUUAAAACUGUGGGGAAAAAAAUUUUAAUCCCUGCUUUAGAUAGAGUAAGAGUAGGCAAUGUGAUCUAUGUUCUCUAGAUACAUGCAAUCACUUUGGUGUAUGUGUGUGUGUACUCAUGAAAUGACUUGAGAGAAAGGAAUAUAUUUGAAUGGUAAAAAGCAUGGGAGGCAGGAUAUUUCUAAUAUGCCAAGCAAACCUUUUACCAUGUGACUUAAGACAAGUAAACUUCCCAGGACCUUGGUUGUUUUUGGUUGCCUCAUCUGUAAAACUGGUUGGUAACUGAGAAUAGACGUUUAGACCAGAUGAUCUAUAUGUAUCUUUUCCAGAUCCCUAACCUUUGAUUCUAGAUGUACCUCAAUCAAAGAGAUGUUCUCCUGAAA